AUGCUGUUGGUUGCCAUCCACUAUGGCGUAGGGAGACACAACUACUACGUACCUGACGACCAGGAAGUGCUAGCAGAGAAGUGGCUCUUUCUCUGCCAGCCGCCUUUCCCCUGGGCUCUCGCCCUCUCAAAGAUGAGCAUCGCCUGGAUGCUCCUCCGGAUCCAACGCGACCGGGUCUGGUGGACGUGGAGCAUGUACUUCCUCAUGUUCGUGUCGUUUGGCGUCGCCGUCGUCUCCAACGUCUUCCAACUAUCGGCAUGUAAACCGUUAUGGGCGGUUUGGGACCACAGCAACCCGGACGCUGUGUGUGCAGAUCCGAAAACAAGUCAGACCUCCAUCUACGUGACGGCAGUUUUCACCAUCAUCACCGAUGUCGCGCUCAGUCUUGCGCCCAUCUCAUUCAUCGUCAGCAUCCAACGUCCCCUUCGCGAGAAGAUUGCGCUCGGUUUUGUCAUGGGUCUCGGUAUCUUUGCCAGCAGCGCCUCCAUUGCGAAGACUUUUAUGAUCGGGAGCUACGGGAAGACAGGUGACACGUUGAUGGAUACGGUUGGACUUACGACGUGGAGUAUGGUGGAGGCACAACUUGCUAUCAUCGCCGCCUGCAUCCCGACGCUCAAGCGCCUCUUUGAACAAGUCCUCCGCCGGUGCGGCCUCAUCUCUAGCCAGAACUCGGCGACUCGCUCCCGAACAGGCUACUAUAAGCACGACGAGAACUCGCGCUCGCGCGGCUACAGCCAACAUCAACCCGAGAACCACAAGCUCUCGACAAUGCGGUCGCAGCGCGAGGCCAAGCACAGCGCAGCCACGACCAACGCCGAGACGAGCAGUGUCGACAGCGGGGAGAUGCCCAUCAUGAAGCCCAGCCAUAAGGGUUCCAUUGGCGACUUUGAGUCCGUCACAUCGCCGACGCCGAACAGCGACAACGGGGUUUACUUUAGGACAGCCAUCAAGGCCGGGGACAGGGACAUGAGCGGGAUGGACCAGAACGGGAUUCAGAUGGAGACGACGGUGUCGGUGCGCACAGAACCCAAACAGCGGAGAAGGGAGGCAGACCUUGUUUAA